GUAGACGUACGUGGAACAUCCAUCCAGGCUUUUGAUUAAAAAGGUCAGUGUUACUCCGUUCGUCAAACAGCCUAAACUAGCCGAUACGAGUUGCGACAAACGGACAGAAACUUAGAAAGGUUAUUUUUUUUCCAAUCAGCCCCAUUAAUACUUAGACGAUGCCGAAAGUGUUGAUAACCGGUGCUUCGGGAUUGCUGGGACGAGCGUUGGUGAAGGAGUUCACCAAGGCAUCGUGGGACGUUGUGGGGUUGGCCUACAGCCGAGCCGGGGGCCUGCUGAAGAAGGUGGAUUUGAGGGACAGCACUGCCGUCAGAAACAUCAUCACAGAUUUCAAGCCAGAUGUAGUGGUGCAUUCAGCAGCCGAGCGGAGGCCGGAUGUUGUCGAAAAACAGGCAGAGGAGACCAAGAACUUGAACGUUGGGGCAACGUCAACGAUCACCUCCAUCUGUGGUGAGAUUGGAGCCUACAUGAUCUACCUGAGCACAGAUUAUAUUUUUGACGGCAAAGACGCACCUUAUAAAGUCCACGACAAGCCCAACCCACUCAACAAAUACGGCCAGUCUAAGCUGGAUGGGGAAGUCGCUGUGCAAGCCAAUACUGCGUGCCCGUCGGCCAUCUUGCGAGUUCCAGUCCUGUACGGUGAGGUGGAGUAUCUUGAGGAGAGUGCGGUGACCAUCCUCUUCAAAGCUCUGCUGGAUACCAGCAAGCCGGCGCCCAUGUGCGCUUACCAGCUCCGCUACCCGACCCACGUACAGGACAUUGCCUUGGUCUGUCGACAGAUGGGAGAUCUGUAUCUCAAGAAUCCGUCCGCCGCAAAGGGCAUCUUCCAUUGGUGUCACAACGAGCAGAUGACCAAGAACGACAUGGCCAAAGUCAUGGUGGACGUCUUCAGUCUUAAAGGUGACCAUGUGGUAGCCAAUCACAACCCUCCAUCUGGAACCCCUAGGCCGUACGAUUGCCGCCUGGACUGCUCUUCUCUAACAAGCCUAGGGAUUGGUCAGAACACAAAGUUCAGAGAUGGGAUCGAGCCGUGCUUGAGACCCUUCUAUGAAAAGUUUGAAAAGAAAUGAUAAGAAGUACUUUUAUGAAAAGUAUAAAAAGAAAAAAAAAUGUUAGAAUUUUUUUUGCUCUUCAACCACAAAGGGAAACUGACUAAGCACACCUAUAAGGACU